AACCGAGGGCUGGCUCCUGCAGGAGGAAAAAAGAAUUUAACAGCUUUACAUGUUUCCUCCAUACUGACUGCUGUCUCCUAAUUCUGAAGGAUUUUAAUUUAUUUUUUAAUACAAGAAGGCAUAUUGUCCACGUCCAGCCGCAUGGUCAAAGUGUAAUGUCUGGGAACGCCUUUUAUGAUUUAUCGAGAUGAUAUGAAUGUCACUCGGUCAAGAUCCCGAUGCAACAGCCCCAGCCGGAUUUUCUUGCUCCUUGUGGGAAACAUCUGCUGCGAGCAUUUGGAUUAAUUUCUAAUUAAUAUAUUAUUUUUUAAUUAAUAUUGUCCUGUGAGAGGAUCGAGAUUGUCGGUGCAGCGUGGGAGCCCCAGUGUGGGAAUGACAUGCUGCAGUAAAGACUGGAAAUACAAAUGGACAUGAAAACACAACGAUGAUGUGACUGCGAACUACGAAAAGAAGAUGCUUUACAAUCAUCACCUUGUGCUGACAUCUUUAAUAUUACACAUUGAGUCGUUUCGGGUAUUUCUUCCUCAGUGGACUGUGUCACAUUGACUGGGCAAUAUUUGUAAGAGCUAUCAGGUUCUGAAUCAGAGGUAUCUGAAUCGUUUUACAGUAUAACAGCUGGCAUCAACCUAAAGAAGGACUGAGAUCUGAAGAGAGGGCACCAUGUCGGCGGUGAUGAUCACACGUAAGGUGCGAAAAUGGGAGAAGCUGCCGGGGAAAAACACUUUCUGCUGCGACGGCAGGGUGAUGAUGGCCCGGCAGAAGGGAGUCUUCUACCUGACCCUCUUCCUCAUUGUCGGGACCUGCUCCCUCUUCUUCGCCUUUGAAUGUCCGUACCUGGCCGUCCAUCUGUCUCCUUCCGUCCCAGUUUUCGCCAUCGUGCUCUUCUUCUUCGUCAUCGCCAUGUUGCUGAGGACGAGCUUCAGCGACCCCGGGGUGCUGCCACGAGCUCUGCCAGAGGAAGCCACAUUCAUUGAGAUGGAGAUUGAGGCUGCUAAUGGGAACGUCCCCGCGGGGCAGCGAGCCCCCCCUCGAAUCCGCAACGUUCAGAUCAACAACCAGAUCGUGAAGCUCAAGUACUGCUACACCUGCAAGAUCUUCAGACCUCCUCGAGCUUCUCACUGCAGCAUCUGUGACAACUGCGUCGACCGUUUUGAUCACCACUGUCCAUGGGUAGGCAACUGUGUGGGCAAGAGGAACUACCGAUACUUCUACAUGUUCACCCUGUCGCUCUCCCUGCUCACCAUCUACAUAUUCACCUUCGACAUCGUCCACGUGGUGAUGCGUUCAGUGGAUAAAGGCUUUUUGAACACUUUGAAGGAAACACCUGGAACGGUGCUGGAGGUGUUGGUGUGUUUCUUCACCCUGUGGUCGGUGGUGGGACUGACCGGCUUCCACACUUACCUGAUCUCCCUCAACCAGACCACCAACGAGGAUAUUAAAGGAUCCUGGUCGGGUAAGAACCGAGUCCAGAACCCGUACAGCCACAAGAACUGCUUCAAGAACUGCUUCGAGGUUCUCUGCGGGCCGACGUUCCCGAGCGUGUUGGACAGGAGAGGACUGAUGCAGGAGGAUUCAUCAUUUUCUGCUGCGUCUGCUUCACUCCCCCCCUCCAGAAGCAACCCAGUGUCACAAACCACGAAAACCACGGCUCCUCUCAUCCGCAACGAACACACACCUGAUGAGGCCAAGCGGAGCAUCGCCGCCCCUGAGGAGAAGAGCUACUCCCCCAGAGAGGAGAAUGGUUCCUCCCCCAGAGAGGAGAAGAGCUCCUCCCCCAGAGAGGAGAAGGGUUCCUCCCCCAGAGAGGAGAAGAGCUCCUCCCCCAGAGAGGAGAAGAGUUCCUCCCCCAGAGAGGAGAAGAGUUCCUCCCCCAGAGAGGAGAAGGGUUCCUCCCCCAGAGAGGAGAAGAGCUCCUCCCCCAGAGAGGAGAAGAGUUCCUCCCCCAGAGAGGAGAAGAGUUCCUCCCCCAGAGAGGAGAAGAGCUCCUCCCCCAGAGAGGAGACCCCGAAGGUCCCGCCCCUGGCUUCACCCGAGCCUGACGCAGAGGUGUCCGUCACCAAGGGCCCGGCCCAUUAGCUGCAUGAGGGGGGGGGCUCUGAUCCUGGCCGGUCAGGAAGUGAAACAUUAUCGACGUGUGAUGACUGUGCGGGGGACUCAGUUAUCCUCCGACGCCCGCCCCACAUUCCUCCAGGAGAGCAGGGUUUCUGCAGCAGCUCCUCCUCUCCCCCCCCUCUCCUCACCCGCAGAUUGACAGUGCAGGAGGGGCAUCGAUUUAAUGUAAAGUCAGCAGCUUCCUCUGUCUCCUGCACACUGCAUGGAAAAGACACGCAGGGGGAGAAGCUGCAGUAAGAACUGCAGAGAGAAAUACAAAAACUCUCCAAGCGUUUGACGUCCCAGCAGGCCACCUGUGGGAUUAUCACUACUGCUUCUGUUCUUUAUUUAAAAUAUUGCGUAAUGACAUUUAUUGUGAGAGGCCAGUUCAAAUAUAUUCCUUGCAAGUGUCUGGCAACGACGAUAUUACUUCUGGACAUGUAUAAAACUCCAUUUAUCUGUUGUGUGCACAUUACAUGCCCUAUGCAAACAUACAGAGGCUGGACGUGCAGCUUUUUGAAGAGAAGGGUUAACGGCAGGAGUCCAGGAGGACGAUCCUUAGCUGACAGAUUAAAGGCUCCUUCCAGGCAAGUCCAAUCUACCUUGUUUUAUGAUACUGCUGCAUUCAGUACUGUUAUAACUUACAUGCAUUACUUUUUUUUAAGAGAUCCAGACCAACGCCUGUCCUUCCAUUUUUAUAAAUCCAGGAUGUAGUGUGACAUCGGUGCUCUGAAGUUGCUUAACGUGAAGUCUUUUAUCCAGGAGACGCUCAGUCCCACUGUGUGAGAGGAAAGGUCUGACUUCUGAUGAUAGUAGACACUAGUAGUAACAGUGCCUUAUCAUAACAGACGCACCAACAAGUGCAACUGAAGUCGACCAACAGAUAGAUCCGUUCAUGCCACUGAUAGACAAAUGCCAACGUUUAUUCUUCUAACCACUGAACACUUAACAUCUAUUAAGUGUUCAGUGGAUCCCAACCUGGAGGGUAAGAAUUAAGGUAUCAUUUGACUAUUUGGGAAGUAGUUUAUUCACUUUCCUGAAGAGUUGGAUGAAAAGAUUUAUAUCACUACAAUAUAUGUACAGUAAAUAUGAAGCGACAGCUAAUAGACAGUUAGCUUAGCUUAGCAAAAGGACUGGAAACAAAGGGAAACAGCUAGCCUGACUCUGUCUAAAGGUAGAAUAUCAAAUUUAACACAAAGGUCCACAAUUUACACAAAUGUUUAUUAGGAUAAAAUAAUGAAGCGAUGACAUUUUCAACAGACCGUAAAUGAAGUACAUUUUCUUAAAGGGUUUUUAGCUGGAAAAUCACAAAAAUACAUCCUAGAAGGACAAUAAGCGCUCUGUUUGAACUGCUGGUUGACUUAUGGACAUGCUAAAAAGGUUGGGAACCACUGAAUUAGACAUUGUAAAGCAAAAAGGUAGUGAAGCCGUGUUGAAUUGUACAUAUUUCUGCAAGGUAAAGAUGUCAGCUGAUUGGAUAGGAGGAGAGACUAAAGCAAGGUUGUUGUUUUUUUAGCGUUUAAGUGCAGCCGGUGUUAUUCCCGCUGCCUUUGAGCUCCAGCGCCUCCUCCUGCUGAUCUUCCUCCUCCUCCUCCUCUCUCUUCCUGUUACUACAUAUUUAACACUUCUCCUUCUCCUCGCCUCCUUGCUGUGACAGUGCACCUAAAGCCGAGGUCUCCACUGCAGCCGUCUGUGGCCGCAUCAUUAAAGCAUAAAGAGCCGAGGCAAAGACGUCCUUUCUCUUCACACUUCUGUGUAUUUCAGACUUCAAAAUGGCUGCAGAGUUUAUUUGUUUUGGUCACAGGUCGCUCGAGGGGACAGCAUCCACACCGAGGACAGAGGAAGAGUUAUUCUUAGUAUUUAAAUGAUGUUAGCUGAUAGCGAGGGUUUGUAAUAGUUAUUGUGUUGUAUGCAAGACAGAGCUAGUGUUUGUGAAAUUUACCUGUGUAGAAGUUCUAGUUUGUCAACAGCAUUGUAUCAGACAUCUGCCUGAGAUUAUUUAUUACUAAGUCACAGUUUAUCCUGAAGAUCAAAAAAUCUGCCAAACACAGAGUGGAAAAGUUUGAUUAUUUAUAUUGUACCGUAAUAAUGGAGCAGUUUAGACACUUUGGAUGAUAAAGAUUCAUCUUGGCCAAUAUUCUUCAUUCUUGUUUAAUCUGUGGAUGAGUUUCUUGAUUACUAACCCUUUGUCCAAAAAAUAUUCGGUUGACAUAUUGAAGUAUUUAAUGUUGUCCAACCAGCUAUUCAAAGACCCUUCGAAAAUCAAUGAACUUUCAGAAAAUCAGAAAAUAUUUAUAUUUUAAAAAGCUGGAACUUGCACAAUUCCAGCAAAAAUAAAUUGUGCAAUUAAUUUCCUGUCGAUAAAUUGACGAACACUUUUAGCUCCACAUUCAUCUCUACAUUAGGAUGAACAUAGGAGAGAGACAGACUCACCCCCGCUGGAAGAAGCUGUACAGUGUGUGACAGUUUUGUUUCUGUGAAGUAUAAAAAAUAAACAGCUGAGUAUUUGUUGGGAAAACUUUUUAAUAAGAAGGUUUGAGACUAGUUUUUAAAGCUGAAUUUAGCGGCUGAUCUUUCUUUGUGGGAAGUAUUUGAAGACAGUUUGGUGAAUUUCAUUGAUUUGCUGUCACAGAGAAGCAAGAAUGUAUGUGAUUGAUAUUCGAUGAAAGAAGAGACGGGAGACUUUAAAAGGGACGGAUGAAGUAUGAUUUUUUGGCUCAAGCUGAGCUCUUGUACGUAUGAUUCUUGUAUUAAAAUGCCAUGACGGUCAGAUCUGAAUGCUCUGAUCAAUCAAUUUCAUGAUGUAUACAGAAA